AUACUGGUUUGCCUACCUUCGUGAUUAUCUUACUGUCAUCGUAAAAGUUCUCCUGCAAACUCUACAAGAAUGGAAUCGUGUUUUGCAGUUUUUAUAAUCACCACAGUGGUGCUAUUAUCGUCACAACGUAUUCCAACAACGCUCGCUGCACCGGUACCCGAGGAGGACGGCCGUUGGGUCAACCCUUGCGGAGGGGGUCAGCCCAUCUCCGGAUCAGCCUUGAAUCUCCCCACAGUCCCGCCUAAGCCAAUCAGCGAGGAGCUAGCUUCACUGAAACUCAUGGCGCUGACGGCUGUCAGUCUGUGUGACGAGACAUCUUACACAAUACGAUCCAGAAUAGGCACGUCAGUAGCUAAUGCGGCAAGCAGUAUUGUCCUCGAUGGCUUCCCCAGUACAGGCGCUUCAUACACUAACGGAACAACGAUCGAGGAACUGUUUUUGAACGAAGUUCAACGGUUGUCAAAGAUUGAAGUGUUCCUCGAACAAGCUGGCUUUGAUACCUAUGACUAUGCGGACAAAAUCAGACAAGUCGAAAACAAGAAUGUGGAAUUGUUGUGUAAGAUGCACGUUACGAUGAAAGGACUUAACCAGGAAGUGACGACAAAUGUGUCACGUGACAUCAUGCCAGAUGAAUACAGGACCCUGGAUGAGAUAUCUCAGAUCGACGUCAGGAACUACAUCAUGGUCCGUGGCACCCAGGCCGUUGCUGUCGCCAUAUCGGAGGAGAUCGAUGCCUACUUGCAGGACAACAGCUCCUAAUUGAACAGGUUUUGAAUUUGAAAAUGUCACGUACUGUAAAUGGCUAUGUAUUUAUUUUGCUAAUUCAUUGAUAACAUAACGUUCAUGUCAUGCGUGUAUUCAUGUGUAUAUUCAGGCUGUUAUAAAGUGAGAUUGUUAUUAUGCUACUUAACCUGCCAUACAGUCGAGUAAGUGCCACAAACGAUCCUGGCGAUACACCUCCCAACGUACCUGGGACUUGUUUGUUUGUUGUUUAACGCCCCUAUCAGCAAUAUUCCAGCUAUAUGACGGCGGUCUGUAAUUAAUCAAGUCUGGACCAGACAAUCCAG